AGGAAAUUAAAAAAAUGGGCAAAUAUCAAGAGUUAUUGGAAAAAGUUGAAAAAGUAAGGAUUGGGGAGGAAACAGCUGGAUUAGUCAGUCCUUUGAUUAACUUCGCUGAAAGUUUUCAAGAAAUUACUAAACAACAAGCAGAAGAACUUCGAGAUUUGUUAGCCAAAAAUAAUCAAGAAUAUGAAGAAUAUUUAACGAGGCAAAGAACAAGAGAAAUUGAAUUAGAAAAACUUUUCCAUCUAAUUAAAGAAGGAAAAGUGGAAAAUACUGAAAUUUAUAAUUCGCCUCUCCAAUUAAAUUUAGAUGAGAAACAAUUUUUAAUAAGUGCUAAUAAUUUAGUUCAAGGAAUAAAAUCAGCCAGAGAAGCACGCGAACAUCGUGGAAAAAAAUAUUCGCUAAAUGAACCCAAAGAGCAUAAAUUUUUUCAAGAUCAAAUUGCACGUGAUAAAAAAGAAAUUCCUAAUAAUCCUAAUCAUAAAACUAAUGGCAAUGAUUUUCCGGUAAUUCCAGUGAUUAUUGGCGGAAUUAUAACUUACAGUAAUAAAAUUCAAGAACAUUUAAGGUUUCUUGACCAAGAGUAUCGAAAUAAUAAUUACUAUGGAAGAGGAGAACAAACGAGGAAUUAUUGUGGCUAUUGCGGUCCCUAUUUUCAGGAGUUGGAAAUUAAGAGGUUGGGUUCUGUUUCAAUCAAGAAUAACAACGAAGCCAAAAAUGAAACCAAAAUUAAUGAGUUAAUUGGCAAAAUUUCUUCUCUUGAAACAAAGUUAACACAAAUUAAUAAUAACUUUAUUCAAGCAAAUAAUUCGAUUAAUAAGUUAGUAACCUUAGUUGAAAAAGAUGUUAAUAAGUCAGAUGAAAUAAAAAAAGAGAUAAUUUCUCUCAAAGAAGAGUUUAUUAAAUUAGAAAAAACCAAAGGAAAGUCAAUAGAGAAGAAUUUUAUUAGUAUUAGAGAUACUAACUUACUAAAUCUUUUCCAAACUCACCAUGGUGGAACUUUGGGACCGUGGGAACAGACCUUUCAAACUGUUGGAAGUUGUGAAGAAAUUAAAGAUCAUCGCCAAAUCAAAAAAGCCUUAGAAACAGUGCCUAAUCUAAUUGUGGGUAAAUUUGGCGAACAUAAUUAUUACUCUGCUUAUGAGUGGGAAAAAGGUAAAUUAACUUCUAAACGCAAAGAAAGACGCGGCGGAAGUAACUUUAACCACUUGAUGGUAGCCAUUCAUGCUCACGCUCUUCGCCAGGUCCUAGAAGAGUUAAAAAAAUACGACAAGUCUGAUAUUUUAUCCGUGCGAGCCAAUUUUUAUGACGCUAACCGCUUAGAGUUAGAUGGGAAGAUCCUUGCUCAUGGUUUCAAAAUUAUUGAACGGCGGGAAAAAUCAGUUUUAGUUGAAAAGCAGUAUUACAAGGAAGAUGAUCUAACUAAUUGUAAAAAUUUAACUGGUAUUGGAUGUAAUGAUAAUAACCUAACCCAAUUAACUUUACCUAAACAGAAUAAUUUACAGAAACUAUAUUGCUCUAGCAACAAUCUCACUAAUUUAGAUUUUUUAGAUAAUUGUCAGGAAGAAAAAUUAAUAGAACUUGGUGUAGCAAAUAAUAAUUUUCCUCCGCAAGAUUUAAAUAUUUUUAGUAAGUUCAAAGAAUUAAAAGAAUUAUACAUAGGAGGAGUAUCUAAACCUAAUCAUUUUGCUGGUUCUUUAGCACCUUUACAAGAACUAAAGAACUUAGAAACACUAAAUAUUAGUGGAACCAAUAUCACUCAUGGAUUAGAAUAUUUAUCCAAGAGUGUAAAAAAUUUUUCUUGUGAUCCUUAUAGACCCGAUGCUCAAGUAAUAGAUAUUUAUGAAGAACUCCAAUCUUUGGGAGAAAAUGAUAAAGUAGAAUUAACUCUAACUCAAGCUUUAAAGGAAAUCAAAAAUAGAGGUAGAGGAAUUCCAGUAGAUGGAAUUUAUUCUAUCUUAGGUUUAUUACCUUAUGGUAAAGAGGUAAAGGUUAAUUAUAAAGAACUUAAUGAAGCUUUAAAAGAAGUUAUGGAAGUAGCUAUCGAGAAUGAUGAAACUGGUUCGACUAGGGUAAUGGGCAGUGUGGGUAAGCCAAAUAAUCUUCACUCGCUCCAUAAAUUUGAAAGUGGUUUUGAAAUUGAAGGAGGUCUUUAUCAAAAAGAUAUAGAAGUAAAACCUCGUGAUACCGAAGCAGAACCUAUCCAAGUAAGUUUGCUAGGAACUAAAGAAAGUUUAGUUGAGGCUAAAGCAGGAAAUAUUCUCAUAGUUCUUUACAAAGAAUUGUUUGGAACUAGCAAAUUAUUAGCUUUAUUGGUAAAAGAGACUGAACAAACAGUUUGA